AUGAAGUCUACAAAACUUUUGAUAUUGGCGACUGGUUUUACCACUGUAGCACUCUUGUGGUUUCUGCACAAAAGGAAAUACAUUUUGUUUACAAGGACUUUAAUCCCCGAAAGAAUUAUUCGUUUAUUUUGUACUUUCAAAAAUGAUGAAGAUGACGAUGAUACAAAAUUAUCUUCUACAUCUUUAUCUGAUGAUGACAAUGAAGAGGAACUAAGUAAUGUUAAUUUUGAGGACAUGCCACAAACGGACGAUGUUGAUAAUGAUGUCGAUGACGAUAAUGGUGACGAUUUUGAGGAUAAAAAUCCAAACGCCACGGAAAAUGUUGAAAUAAUCAACUCUGAAGUUACUUUUGGUAUUGAAAACGCUUCCACUUGUGUACUUUCCUCUUCAACUGAGAGUUUUGACCUUAACUGGGGAGACACAUCCUCAGGAUCUUCUAUCAAUGGUGAGAGAGUGACCCAGACAAUGGAGUCUGGAAUCAAAGUAGACACUGACAAACAACAGUUGUCUCUGAAUGAUCAGCUCUCUUCUCCUGUUGUUCAGACACUUCUUACCAAUAGGAAAAUAGUACAGACAGAAGACGAAAAACCUCGACGUAAAGACGACUUUCCAUUUCUGAUGGGCGGAUCAGCUGUGUGUGAAUAUAUAGGAAGAGGAUAUCGACAUGUUGUUUCAAACACCGGAGAACUUAAUGUCAAUAAUUCUCCUGUAUAAAUGUGUGAAAUAAAUGAAUAAUAAUAAUAAAACAAGAACGAAAUGAAAAAAUCUUAUAAUUAUCUUU